AUGGUCAAGAUCGCGAGCAUUGAAUACUUCCGGGUGUUGCCCCGGUGGCUGUUUGUCAAGAUUACGGAUGAGGAAGGCCAGUAUGGCUGGGGCGAGAGCACGCUGGAGGGCCACACUGAGGCUGUCGAAGGCACGCUCAAUGCCCUGUGCAAGAGAUUCGAAGGUUACGAGGCCGACAACAUCGAGCACAUCUGGCAAAUGGCCUGGCGUCUGGGUUUCUACCGCGGGGGCCCCGUAUUCAUGUCCGCCAUCUCCGGGAUUGACAUUGCCCUGUGGGACCUGAAGGGCCGUCGCCUCGGCGUUCCCGUGCACCAACUGCUCGGUGGCAAGGUCCGCAACAAGCUGUCCGUGUACGCCUGGAUUGGGGGCGACCGCCCCGCCGACGUGGAGGCUGCGGCCAAGGCACGCCUGGCGCAGGGGUUCAAGGCUGUCAAGAUGAACGCCACCGAGGAUGUGAACUGGCUCGAUUCGCCCAGUGUACUAGACUCGAGUGUAGAGCGUCUGAAGACGGUCAAGGCGCUGGGGCUGGACGCAGCCUUGGACUUCCAUGGCCGUCUUCACAAGCCCAUGGCGAAGCAGUUGGCGAAAGCACUGGAGCCGCACCGUCCGCUAUUCCUGGAGGAGCCCCUUCUGUCGGAGCAUCCAGAGGGUAUCAAGCAGCUUGCGGAUCAGGUGUCUUGCCCCAUUGCCCUUGGCGAGCGGCUUUUCAGUCGUUGGGAUGUGAAACGUUUCUUAGAAGAUGCGAGCGUCGAUGUCCUGCAGCCGGAUAUCAGUCAUUGUGGCGGCAUCUCGGAGCUGCGGCGCAUUGCUUCUAUGGCAGAGACUUACGACGUCGCUAUUGCGCCUCACUGUCCGCUGGGGCCGAUUGCUCUAGCGGCAUGCAUGCAAGUUGACCUGGCGACUCCCAAUUUUGUGAUCCAGGAGAUGAGCAUUGGUAUUCACUAUAACACGGAGGCUGGUGACUUGGAUAUUACGAGCUACGUCAAGGAUGCUUCUGUGUUCGAUGUGAAUGAUGGUUACGUUGAAGCUUUGAAUGCCCCUGGUCUGGGCAUCGAGAUCGAUGAGGACGUAGUCCGGCGUGAGGCUGCUAAUACCCAGCCCUGGUUGCCCAAGGAGUUUUAUGGCCCUGACGGGUCAAUCCGCGAGUGGUAA